AUGUCCUCCCCAUUUCCCCUCCUCCGUCUUCCUCGAUUGGUCUUGUGCGAGGUAUUCAAAUCGUUGAGUAUUGGAGAGAAAAUGAAGCUCUCCUUUUGCUCCAAGAAAAUCUCGAUUCAAAUCUAUAAUGCUCGAUUGUACUCUCAAAAAGUUAUAGUCGAUCUGGACUGGCCAGGCCACAAAAUCGAAGUUUACUCCGAAAAUUACAGAGAUUUAUUUGAAAUCUCCAUUUAUCAUGAUUUCUGGAAACGUCACAAUUUGAAUACUCAACAAUAUUCUAUCGUAGGUUGUGCAUUUCUAUCCGCUAUUGAACAUCUAUUGAAGAUGUUUCAAUGCAAAUUUUCAACUCAUAUUAGACUCAAUAACAGUGAUUUAUAUCGACCAGCAAUUUCAAUGUUGUUUGAUCGACAAGUGGAAUUCAAGAGGAUCUCUAUUCGCCAUAAUGGAUCAGAGAACGAAAACUUGUUGUUUAACCAGAUGUCCAGUAAUUUUCGACUGGUUGAGUAUGUUAGCAUCUAUUCUGUUUAUGAUCAUAGCUUUAGACUAGUUUUCACUUCAUGGCCACAGAAUAUUACUAUCUGGAGUUCCGAUUGGUUCACUCUGGAAUAUCUUUUGGCGUGCACUUGCAGUAGAAUUACACUUUGGAAUUCUCUACUGGGAAACAAGGAUACGGAUGUGAUACUCAAGAAUUGGAAGGCUGGAGGGUUUUCGAAUCUAGAAUAUCUGUGCAUCGAAAGUCAAAAUAUUACAAAUAAUGGAGAACUGAUUUUGGGAAUGAAUUUGAGGGAAUUAGACGGAAAGGUUAUCCAAACUGAUGAUGGAUUAAAGAAGGCAACUAUCAAAACUUAUGCUGAUAGUAUUGAAAUGUUUGUGACUCCCUCUGAAUAA